AUGGCGUCAGAAGGUCACGUGGCACGUGAUGCCUCCCGUCAGGGUGUCCUAAGACACAGCAUUGUCAAGGCUCAGCAUUGUUCGACCACUCUCCCCGCGACUGCAGACACGGAGGCACCGCGCGAAGUGUUGGAUGUCGUCGUCUCACAGACUGUCAUGUCUUCAUCACCCUCGAACGUGCAUGCAAAAUCUGGAAUGGCACGCCUUCAGAAAGUCUCGGUUUGGGCAGCAGAACCUGCAGGUAAGAGGCGAAUUCGGCUGCUUUUUGACACGGGUAGUCAACAAACGUUUAUACGUCGCGAUCUGUUGAAGGAGCUAGGGUUCCAAAUCACUGGUGAGGAGGACCUAUCCGUGUUCUCUUUCGCACGUACGCGCCACCCCAGAAGAUUCCACUGCGAACGGGUGCAAGUCCGCCUCGAAGCCAUCUCGGAUCCGCGGUCGUUCAUCGAACUUGAAGCCCUCGGCAUUUCUGAACUAUGCCGCGUGUCUACGCCAGCCUUGGACGACGUAACCAUGAGCCUUCUCUCGCUGCGAGGCCUCGAAGUGGCCGAUACGAGCUGCACCACGGACGUCGCUCUGCUGGUGGGUUCCGAUUACUAUUGGAAGCUGGUCACCGGCCGAGUGGAACGUCUCCCUGGCGAUCUUGUUGCGGUGGAGAUCAUUUUCGGAUGGGUCGUUCAGGGAGUCCAGCGGUCACCCAGUCGAACGCUGUCCACCGUGGUAUCCGUCCUCUCCCUUUCCUGCGAGGAACAAGAAUUCUUCGACUACAUGGACCCUUCGGAAGCGUAG